AUGUCGAAAAUGGAAAAACAUCUUUUCAAUCUAAAAUUUGCUGCCAAAGACCUCCAAAGAAAUUCAAAAAAAUGUGACAAAGAAGAAAAGAUAGAAAAAGCAAAGGUUAAGAAAGCUAUUCAAAAAGGAAACAUGGAAGUAGCCAGAAUCCAUGCUGAAAAUGCCAUCAGACAGAAAAACCAGUCAGUGAAUUUUCUCAGAAUGAGUGCACGAGUGGACGCUGUGGCAGCGAGAGUCCAGACGGCUGUUACAAUGAACCAGGUCACAAAAUCGAUGGCUGGUGUAGUGAAGGGAAUGGACGCCACUCUAAAGAGCAUGAACCUGGAAAAGAUUUCAAGCCUUAUGGAUAAGUUUGAGCAUCAGUUUGAAACCCUGGAUGUGCAGACAGCCCAAAUGGAGGACACCAUGAGCAGCACCACCACACUGACGACGCCACAGAAUCAAGUGGAAUCACUGAUGCAUGAAAUGGCAGACGAAGCAGGUCUGGACCUCAACAUGGAGCUUCCUCAGGGCCAGACUGGAUCUGUGGGGACAAGUGUGGCUUCUGCUGAGCAGGAUGAGCUUUCUUCAAGACUUGCGAAGCUUCGAGAUCAAGUAUAA